UUUAAGCAACAUAAUUUACUAAGUUUAAAGUGUUUUAGUGUUAAGACGUUUUUUUAAAUAUUUCUCUAAUUUCAUCUUGAAGACUAAACUACAUAAAAGCUAUUGAAUACAAAUAUUAUUAUUUUGUAUUCAUUUUUAAAAUAUAUUGUAUUGCAACCAAAAGUUAAUAUUAAUCAAUUAACACUUUAAAGACUGAUUUUUAAAAUAUUAUUGUCAUGCCACCUAAGAAAAACGCUAACGCCAAAGGUCCCAAGAGUAAUCCCAAAGCAGAUGAUGACGGUAAAGGAAAGGAUAAAAAAGGAGGUGGUUCAUCAGCUGUAAAAGUAAGACACAUUUUAUGUGAAAAACAGUCAAAAGUGUUGGAAGCGAUGGAAAAACUUAAGGCAGGUGCAAAAUUUAAUGAAAUUGCUGCAACAUACAGUGAAGACAAAGCUAGGCAAGGUGGUGAUUUAGGUUGGAUGAUUCGUGGCUCAAUGGUUGGUCCAUUUCAAGAUGCUGCAUUUGCUCUACCUACAUCAAGUCUGGCCAAUCCUGUUUAUACUGACCCGCCUGUCAAAACUAAAUUUGGUUACCAUAUUAUUAUGGUCGAAGGGAAAAAAUAAUAAUUUUUGUUGUUUGUUACAUCAUGAUCUAUGUUAAAGAUUAUUUCUGUUCAUUUGCAAAAACUAUAUAUGCAAAUAUAAAAUGUGUAACUGUGUAAGUACAAUAUAAAUACAUUUUUAUUUACAAAA